AUGGGCCAUGAUGAGAUUGUUGAGUCACUUGCUUCAAGAAAUGAUAUCGACCUGAAUAUGGCAAAUUGUUAUGGUUGGACACCACUGUCAUACGCUAUUUCACGAGGACAUAUACAUACCAUUAAACGAUUCCUUCCGAAGAGUAAUAUGCGUAAUUUACGCUUCGAUUCUUUGAACGAUUCCACUAAACAAACACUACUCGAAACGGUUUUGGAGCGAAAAGAUGCCUACGUCAUAGAACUCCUGGUCCUAAAGGACGAUAUUAACCUGGUUCCGAAAGAUCGCAAAGACCAUGACAUAUUGAGACGGGCUAUGAUACAAAAGGAUAUGGAUAUCAUAAGGUCGUUCUUCUCCCUAGGGAAGGAGCAUAACUGGAAUUCCAAUGAUAUUUACGAGAAGCCGAUAACAAUAUCGAUCAUGAACACAAAUAAUCGGGAUAUAAUUGAGCAAUUAUUAGCGAGACAUGACAUGUUACCCCUAGGUCAAAAUCUGUUGUCAUGGGCUGCAAAAAAUGGAUACAACGCAUUGAUUCGCUUCCUAUUGAUCAAAGAAGGGCUGAAUCCAAACAAAAAUUCAGACAAUGGCCGGACAGCGCUCUCACAGGCUUCGGAGAAUGGCCAUGAGAUGGCAGUUCGAAUAUUCUUAAUGGAUAAAAGAACAAAUCCGAAUUCGAAAGACGAUGAUGGUCGGACACCAAUCUCACAUGCUGCGAAAAACGAGAUGGAAUGGGAGAAUGAGGAGGAGGAGGAGCUCAUCCUAACGCGGGACGGGGCCAAUCCGAACUUGGAAGAUAAAGACGGCCAGACAGCACUCUACCGAGCUAUCGAAGCUGGUCACGAUGCGAUAAUAACACUACUCGCGCCUGUAGAUACAAUCACAAUAUUUAUUCUGGUCCAAGAAGGAAAUCGUGAAGCCAUCAAAUCACUUGUUCAUGCCAAAUAUAAUAUAGAUGAACAAAAUGGCGAAGGCCACACUCCUCUACAUGCUGCAAUCUUGUCGAGACAGCUGGAGAUAACGAAAGACCUAUUAUCGUACGGAGCGAGGAUCGAUCUUCGGGAUAGUGGCAACAUGACACCACUUCGAUUAGCGAUGCGAGAAAAAGAUGAGCGCUUCAUACGGGAGCUACUCAAACACAAAGCGAACAUGAAUGAGACUAUGGCAAAGGAAUGGCGUGCCACGUAUGGUAAAGAAGAUGAAGAUAUUGUCCUCUUUUCUGAAACAGAAAAUGGGGAAAUAUAUGUGGACUUCGUCACAGUCUUACCAACUGCCAACGAGAUAUCAGAACAACCUUCUGGUGUCAUUCGGAGUCUCUAG